GACACCGUACCUGCAAGUGUGCGGUGAAAGUUCUGUUGAUUUCAUGCCCAUUCCGUGUGAGAGAGAAGGGAGCAAGAAGACGCCAAGGAGCCAAAUCUGUCAAGAUGGAUGGCAGAGUCACUCUUCUAGUGCUCUGCAUUACUGGAACCGUCAGAUCAUCUUCAAUUGCGAGAGUUUACCCGUACCACAUCGGCGAGGGGGGAGGUGUUGUCCUUACAAUACAGGGAGAAGGAUUCAGCGAAGACCAGUUUAAUCAGUUCGAUGAUACACUCGGCAACAGAGUAUAUCUCGUCAACGAAAUCGACUCCAUCGAGUGUGAUGUCAUCAGAUACUUCACUAACACCAGAAAGAUCACUUGCACGACUCGGGCGAGGAAGAACACUAACGCCCCGAGACGCUACCUGGUUAAGGUGUUUGUCGAUGGCGAUCCUUUGCAAGACGAGGAAUACGUCGAGUAUGCACAGUGGUUAUCGCCCCAAAUUUCGGGAGUGGUGCCCAGGUGGUCCCUGCCGGGAGAGACGGUGAGACUGGAAGGGAGGUUCAACACAGACAAAUACGACCAACUGGUCAUAGAGAACCCACAGGAGUCCUCCGACUACGGCGGCUACGCCCUAAAGAGCGCAUACGUCGGAGGAGUAGAUUGCGACAUUCCCUACGACAAGUCUAGGGAGAUGUACGACAUCUCGCACGUCCACAUCCAGUGUCUCGUUCGCAGCACCUCCAUAGGGCCCAUGAAUGCCUCCGUCUUCGUGGAAAACCGCGGAGCUUCGAUUCCUUGGACGUCGAGUCUAUUCGUCGACUCUCGGGACCGACUUUAUCAGUACCACACAUACCCAGCCAUCAGAAAUGUGACUCCUGUGUCCGGAGGCGACGGAGGCGGAACUUUAGUCACAAUAGAAGGCCUCGGGUUCGAUCCUGCUCCUGGAGUUACUAAGGUAUCUGUUGGUGGUGCCACAUGUGAAGUUGUGAACGUCGCGUUUGCUUCCGUCACCUGUUUGACACCUCCCAAGACCUCGACGCAUCCAGCUCCAGGAGAACGUGGCGCCCUUUGGGAAUUCUGGGAGGGAAAAGAAAUAGGUCUUCGGGAUGAUGAACUGUGGAACUCUGUGACGUCAUCAAACUCCACUUACUCGGAAAUUAUCCCUGAUUUGAAAUUCGAUCUUUUUAUGAAAAACACAUCAGCGGGAAGAUUGUCAGGGUACAUUCAUGCUCCUCAUGACGGCGAAUACGACAUUGAAAUAAAGGCACCCCCAGGGGUUAGGCCCACUUUGUAUGUCGCAGUAGAUGGCAACCCAGACAACAAGACUCUCACCAGGAAUUAUGUCCAUUUCUCCAUGGUUCAAGAAACUCCUGCUUAUUUCGAGAUUCGAGUUCUUGGCGAGGGUAACGGAGAACUCAAAGUAGCAAUGUCGGACUUCAAUACCAAGUGGACUUCAAGCGACACCCAACAAGCAUUAAGUGAGAUGCAGGCUGUCACUCUGCGUCUCGGCUAUCAGAACGAGGUGCAGCAAAUCUCAUUUCCAAAUACAUCAGAGUUGAUAGGGUCCAUCAUCCUUGGCGAAUUCGCGUCUGAACCCAUCAACAUCGCCAACCCUGACGAGGUUAAGUCUGGCUUACUGUCGCUUCUUGAGCAACAGUGCGAGAUGACUCCCAGUGAUGUGUAUUUCCGAAUGAAGUCGGGCUUUGAAGACGAGGAACAAUUGCCCGAUGGAAUAUCUGGCGCGAGAGAAGAAGAGCUGGAACCUCACUGUGGACGGUAUUCGUGGAAACUAUGGCCGAACUAUCCAAAAAUUUACGAGAACGAGAAAAAGGAGGAAAUGAUCGAUCUCACAAAGACUCCCUACGUAUGCUUGGCAAUCCUUGGAAACUUUCAAGGAGAAAUGAGAGCACUCUAUUACAAGGAAGACAGAGGUGGCAGCCGGAUUUCUUUCGAGAUACGCUUUGACUACUGGGAACAUUCAAGGAGGCAGCGUGUGGCUCGGAGUACCCCAUCUUCAAGCUGGGACUACACAUGCAUAAAUCUCCUGGAAAUAAUGAGGCAGUCAAGUUACAGCAACACUACUUCAGAAGGGACGCCAAAACUGAAGCGCCUCUUCGGUCCCGAUUCCAGGACAGAACAUGAUUAUGUGUACAUCGAUGACGUUUUUUUCGCCAGUGAGUACGUGCAAGUCAGUAAGGUAAGACCCUCUGCACUGUCGAGUCGUGGAAUAUCCGUGCAAGAUGUUGAAGUGAAGACUCAGAGUCCAAAGAACAAGACGAACGAAACCAUCUCCUACGACAUCGAAUUCACAACUAACUGCCAAGGUGGUUUCCCUCUCAUGGGAGUUUCGUCCAGUGGGUUGGCUGCGUCUUAUCCGAGGAAUCUUGACACCGACCAGAAAGCAAAUUUCACACUGCAAAACAGCCCCAUCACUGUGCAAAGGAUGUUAGCAGCUCCGCGCUCCGUUCUGGGAAAUUGGAGUCUUCAACUUCAGGGCGCAAAUAUUGAAGGCAAGAGCCUUUUUUUGCAUCUUAGCUAUACUAAUGCUGGCGACAGCACUUACAGCUCACCCCGAGCGCUUCCAGAGUUCACUUCGCCGCAGCUGUAA